CACGGGCUCGUCCACAGUCCUGGAGCUUGAGAUUCACCAUCCACUCAUGCAACCACAAGCAAAGGGAGACAUUGGUGCUCCGAGGGGAAAAUACGCUUUUACUUUUUAAUUUUUCUUUUUAGUUUGGCACGGAAUGAGCUGAACGGAUCCGGAGGCUGCUACAGUGCGUUUGGACGUGUGGACGACUCCAGUGGCAUGGUGUGCUGAAACAGAGACCCCAGCAAGCACUGAGACAGAGGUUACCCUGUGCAUCAUGUUUGAAUGCCGAUAAUCAAUUAGAAAUAUAUAUGACUGUGCUACUGCAUUACCUAUAGCCUCGCCGGGCUGUAGCCACUCUCCUUUUACUGCUGAAGCCCGUCUGAAGCGGACACCGUGCUGAGGGUGCAGCUCAACGGACAAUCGCACCCGGACCAUUGGAGGGGUUCGGAUGAGGUGGUUGCUCGGGCUUUUAGGUUUUAGAAAUCCAGCCAACUUUUCCUCUAUUCCUUUCUAACAGCAGUGCCGCCGAGCAUUGCUCAGGAGAUGGCGAUGAGGUUGUUCUACUUGGGAUGUAUACUCUGCUUGGAGAUCAUAUCUCCUAACGGUGCAACCGUAGUUGAUGACCCGCCGAAGACCUGCAGCCCUAAGCAGUUUGUAUGUAAAGACCAGGUGACCUGUAUCUCCAAAGGCUGGCGCUGCGAUGGGGAGAAAGACUGCCCAGAUGGCUCAGACGAAUCCCCAGAUAUCUGCUCUCACAACAGGGUGAGCCAGUGUCCUGUCAAUGAACACGGUUGCCUCGCCCCAGAUGUGUGUAUCCAUAUGAGCAAACUGUGCGAUGGAGUCCCCGAGUGCCCUGACGGCUGGGACGAGGGCCCUCACUGUAGAGAGCGGGCACUAGACUGUGCCUCCAGUGGGUGCCAGUUUCACUGUGCUGUGACUCAUGAUGGGCCUCUGUGCUACUGUAGCAACGGCUAUGAGGUCGCUGCAGAUGGAAAGACGUGUAAAGAUUUCAAUGAGUGCAAUGUGUACGGGACGUGCAGUCAGACGUGCAUGAACACUAAUGGCUCCUACAUCUGCAGCUGUGUCGAGGGCUACCUGGUGCAGCCUGACAACCGCUCCUGCAAAGCCAAAAAUGACCCAGUGGAUCGUCUGCCUAUGCUGCUGAUUGCUAACCUCAAUGACAUCCGCUGCACUUCUCUGAGUGGAUCCACGUCCCGGCUGCCCUCCAUUGCCACCAAGCAGACCAUGGCUAUGGACUUUAUCUAUGCCGAGGAGACCGUGUGCUGGAUAGACGUCGGUGACACCCCUGCUGCCACCCAGCUGAAGUGUGCCAGCAUCCCUGACCUCAAGAGUGUCAUCAACAUCCGCACCAUCAACAUUUCCCUCAGCCUGCAUCAUGUGGAGAAGAUGGCUAUCGAUUGGCUGACCGGAAACUUCUACUUUGUGGAUGACGUGGACGACCGGGUGUUUGUCUGCAACAAGAACGGCCAGACAUGUGUGACCCUGCUGGACCAAGAGCUGUACAACCCUAAAGGCAUCGCGUUGGACCCGGCAAUGGGCAAAGUGUUCUUCACAGACUACGGGUCUACGCCCAGGGUGGAGCGCUGUGACAUGGAUGGCCAGAACCGCACAAAGCUGGUGGACACCAAGAUCGUCUUCCCUCAUGGCAUCACACUGGACCUGGUCAACCGGCUGGUGUACUGGGCUGAUGCCUACCUGGACUACAUCGAAGUGGUCGAUUACGAGGGAAAGAACCGACACACCAUCAUCCAGGGCCUGCUGAUUGAGCACCUGUACGGGCUGACUGUAUUUGAGAACUACCUGUAUGCCACUAACUCAGACGAAAGCCACCUCAACUCAAAGACCAGUGUGAUCCGAGUGAACCGCUUCAACAGCUCCGACUUCCAAGUGGUGACCCGGGUCGAUCGGGGGACCGCGCUGCACGUGUACCACCAGAGGCGCCAACCCCAAGUGCGCAGCCAUGCGUGUGCCCUGGAUCAGUUUGGGAAGGCUGGAGGUUGCUCUGAUAUCUGUCUGCUGAGCAACAGCCACAAAACCCGUACAUGCCGCUGUCGCUCUGGAUUCAGCCUGGGCAGCGAUGGAAAGUCCUGCAAGAAACCAGACCAUGAGUUGUUCUUGGUGUACGGUAAAGGUCGUCCUGGAAUCAUCAGAGGCAUGGACAUGAACGCUAAGGUGCCUGAUGAGUACAUGAUUCCCAUUGAGAACCUCAUGAACCCUCGAGCUCUGGAUUUCCACGCACUUAGUGAAUACAUCUACUUUGCUGAUGCCACCAGCUACAUUAUUGGCCGGCAGAAGAUAGAUGGCACAGAGAGAGACACUAUACUCAAAGAAGGUAUUCACACAGUAGAGGGGAUAGCAGUAGACUGGAUGGGAGGUAAUCUCUACUGGACAGAUGAUGGGCCUAAAAAGACUAUCAGCGUUGCCAGGCUGGAGAAGGCUUCUCAGACCCGCAAGACGCUCAUUGAGGGAAAGAUGAGCCAUCCUCGUGCCAUUGUGGUGGACCCCCAGAAUGGAUGGAUGUACUGGACUGACUGGGAGGAGGACCCCACAGAGAGCAACAGAGGAAAGAUCAAGAAAGCUUGGAUGGAUGGUUCACAUCACCAAGUUUUCCUGACGAGCAAGACGGUGCUGUGGCCCAAUGGCCUGAGUCUGGACAUUCCCCAGGGCAUCCUGUACUGGGUGGAUGCUUAUUACGACCGUAUUGAGUUGGUUUACCUCAACACCACUGAGAGAAAGGUGGUGUACGAGGGACAGGAGCUUAACCACGCCUUUGGAUUAUGUCAUUACAAACAAUUUCUUUUUUGGAAUGAGUACCGUGGCGGCAGCAUCUACAAACUGGACCAAGUCACUAAGACCGUCACCCUCCUCCGCAACGAGAGGCCCCCUAUCUUUGAGAUAAGAGUGUAUGAUGCACACCAGCAGCAAGGUUCCAAUAAGUGUCGAAUUAACAACGGUGGCUGCAGCAGUCUGUGCCUUGCUAUUCCCGACGGCAGGUCCUGUGGCUGUGCUGACGAUCAAAUCCUGGAUGGAGAUAAUGUCACCUGCGGAGCCAACCCCUCCUACGUGCCCCCGCCUCAGUGCCAGCCCGGGGAGUUUGCCUGCAAGAACAACCGCUGCAUCCAAGAGCGCUGGAAGUGUGACGGGGACAACGAUUGUCUGGACAACAGCGAUGAGGCCCAUGAUCUCUGCCACCAGCACACCUGCCCAGCUGACCGAUUCAAAUGCCAGAACAACCGCUGUAUCCCCCUGCGAUGGCUCUGCGAUGGAGACAAUGACUGCGGCAAUGAUGAAGAUGAAUCCAACACCACCUGCUCUGCUCGCACAUGCCCACCAAACCAGUACCCUUGUGCUAGUGGGCGCUGCAUCCCCAUUUCCUGGACAUGUGACCUGGACGACGACUGUGGAGACCGCUCAGAUGAACCAGACUCCUGUGCCUACCCAACCUGCUUCCCUCUGACUCAGUUCACCUGCGCCAAUGGCCGCUGCAUCAACAUCAACUGGCGCUGUGACAACGACAAUGACUGUGGGGAUAACAGCGAUGAAGCCGGCUGCAGCCAUUCCUGCUCAAGCGUCCAAUUCAAGUGUAACAGUGGCCGCUGCAUCCCAGAAUACUGGACCUGUGACGGCGACAAUGACUGUGGAGACUACAGUGAUGAGACUCAUGCCAACUGUACCAACCAGGCUACCCGUCCACCAGGUGGCUGCCAUGUAGACGAGUUCCAGUGUCGGAUGGACGGCCUGUGCAUUCCCAUGCGCUGGCGCUGUGAUGGAGACACAGACUGUAUGGACCUGAGUGAUGAGAACAACUGCGAGGGUGUGACCCACAUGUGUGACCCAGCAGUCAAGUUCAGCUGCAGGGACUCUGCUCGUUGCAUCAGCAAGGCAUGGGUGUGUGAUGGUGACAGUGACUGUGAGGACAACUCUGAUGAGGACAACUGCGAGGCGUUGGCGUGCAAGUUGUCUCACCACAUGUGUGCUACCAACGACUCCAUCUGUCUGCCUGCUGAGAAGCUUUGUGACGGCACUGACGAUUGUCCGGACGGCUCUGACGAGAAACUAUGUGACUUGUGCUCACUAGACAACGGUGGCUGCAGCCACAACUGCAGCAUCAUUCCUGGGGAGGGCUUCAUGUGCUCGUGUCCCCUGGGCAUGGAGCUGGGAGCCGACAACAAGACCUGCCAGAUCCAGAGCUUCUGCGCUAAACACCUCAAGUGUAGCCAGAAGUGCGAGCAGGAGAAAUCCAGUGUCAAGUGCUCCUGCUACGAGGGCUGGGAGCUGGAGGCGGACAUGGAGAGCUGCAAAAGCACUGAUCCCUUCAAGCCUUUUAUCAUCUUCUCCAACCGCCAUGAGAUCAGAAGGAUUGAUCUUCACAAGGGGGAGUUCAGUGUGCUGGUGCCAGGGCUCAGGAACACCAUCGCUCUGGACUUUCAUCUCAACGAGAGCACUCUGUACUGGACUGACGUCGUAGAGGACAAGAUCUACCGUGGGAAACUGUCUGAAAAUGGAGCCCUGACCAGUUUUGAGGUGGUGAUCCAGUAUGGACUGGCUACACCAGAGGGGCUGGCUGUGGACUGGAUAGCAGGAAACAUCUACUGGGUGGAGAGCAACCUGGACCAGAUAGAGGUAGCCAAACUGGAUGGGACCAUGAGAACCACCCUGCUGGCUGGGGAGGUGGAGCAUCCAAGGGCCAUCGCCCUGGACCCACGAGAUGGUAUUCUAUUUUGGACCGACUGGGAUGCCAGUCUUCCCAGGAUCGAGGCAGCGUCUAUGAGCGGAGAAGGCAGACGCACCAUCCACAGAGAAACAGGCAGCGGUGGCUGGCCCAACGGACUCACUGUUGACUACAUGGAAAGACGCAUUGUCUGGAUUGAUGCCAGGUCAGAUGCUAUCUACUCUGCUAAGUACGACGGUUCUGGACUGAUUGAAGUGUUGCGGGGUCAUGAGUAUUUGUCCCACCCCUUUGCUGUUACCAUGUAUGGAGGCGAGGUGUACUGGACCGACUGGAGGACUAACACUCUGGCCAAAGCCAACAAAUGGACUGGACACAAUGUCACUGUAGUCCAGCGAACCAACACACAGCCCUUUGACUUGCAGGUCUAUCACCCCUCCAGACAGCCCCAGGCUCCUAACCCGUGUGCUACCAGUGACGGUAAAGGCCCUUGCUCCCACCUCUGUCUCAUAAACUUCAACCAGACCUUCUCCUGUGCCUGCCCUCACCUCAUGAAGCUCCAGCCUGACAAACGCACAUGCAAAGAGUCCCGCAAGUUCCUUCUAUAUGCCCGUCAAAUUGAAAUCCGGGGUGUUGACAUCGACAACCCUUACUACAACUACAUCAUCUCCUUCACUGUGCCGGACAUAGACAACGUGACAGUGGUGGACUUUGAUGCCGUGGAGCAUCGCAUCUACUGGUCCGAUGUCCGAACGCAGACAAUCAAGAGAGCUUUCAUUAACGGCACAGGCGUGGAGACUGUUGUGACUGCUGACCUUCCUAAUGCUCACGGGCUUGCAGUAGACUGGGUGUCCAGAAACCUGUUCUGGACCAGCUAUGAUGCCAAUAAGAAGCAGAUCAAUGUGGCCAGACUCGAUGGAUCCUUCAAGAAUGCUGUCAUCCAGGGAUUAGACAAGCCCCACUGUCUUGUGGCGCAUCCACUACUGGGGAAGCUGUACUGGACUGAUGGUGACAACAUAAGCAUGGCUAACAUGGAUGGCGGCAACCUCACUUUACUUUUCACUGAUCAAAAAGGACCAGUUGGCCUCUCUAUUGACUAUGAAAAAGAGCAGCUGUACUGGAUCAGCUCGGGAAACAGCACCAUCAGCCGCUGUCAGCUGGACGGAACUAAACUGGAGAUCCUGGAAGGUGUCAAAGGAAAACUUACCAAGGCAACUGCUCUGGCUAUUAUGGGAGACAAGAUGUGGUGGGCCGACCAGGGAACUGACCAGAUAGGAACAUGUGACAAGGAGGACGGAGGGAACUGGAAGGUUUUGCGAAACAACACCUCGCCUAUGAUGCACAUGAGGAUCUACGAUGAGGACGUACAGAAAGAGGGUAUCAACCUGUGCAGCAACAACAAUGGAGACUGCUCCCAGCUGUGUCUACCCACCUCACCAACCACCAGGGCCUGCAUGUGCACCGCAGGAUACAGCCUGAAGACUGGACAGCAGUCCUGUGAAGGCAUGGGCUCCUUCCUGCUUUACUCCGUUCACGAGGGAAUCCGAGGAAUUCCACUCGACCCGGCAGACAAAUCUGACGCCUUGGUGCCGGUGUCUGGCACCUCUCUGGCCGUCGGCAUCGACUUCCACGCUGAGAAUGACACCAUCUACUGGGUGGACAUGGGCCUGAGCACCAUCAGCAGGGCUAAGAGAGAUCAGACGUGGAGAGAAGAUGUCAUCACCAACGGCAUCGGCAGGGUGGAGGGCAUCACCGUCGACUGGAUAGCAGGGAAUAUUUACUGGACUGACCAGGGCUUUGACGUGAUCGAGGUGGCCCGGCUGAAUGGCUCCUUCCGUUAUGUCGUCAUCUCCCAGGGCCUGGACAAGCCCAGAGCCAUCACUGUUCACCCAGUCAAAGGGUAUCUGUUCUGGACUGAGUGGGGUCAGUACCCUCGGAUUGAGCGCUCCCGGUUGGAUGGCUCUGAGAGGUUGGUCCUGGUCAAUGUGAGCAUCAGUUGGCCCAAUGGGAUCUCCGUCGACUACGAGGGGGGGAUGCUGUAUUGGUGCGAUGCAAGGACAGAUAAGAUUGAGCGUAUCAACCUGGAGACUGGAGAGAACAGGGAGCUGGUGCUUGCCAACAACAACAUGGACAUGUUUGCUGUAUCAGUUUUUGAGGAAUUCAUUUAUUGGAGUGACAGGACUCAUGCUAACGGCUCCAUCAAGAGAGGCAGCAAAGACAACGCUACGGAUGCUGUGCAGCUCAGGACUGGCAUUGGUGUACAGCUGAAAGACAUCAAGGUUUUCAACAGGGCCAGGCAGCAAGGCACCAACGUCUGCAAAGAUAACGGCGGCUGUGAACAGCUGUGUCUUUUCCGUGGCAACGGGCAGCGCACCUGCGCCUGUGCUCACGGCAUGCUGGCAGAGGACAACCGUGGUUGCCGUGACUAUGACGGAUACCUGCUUUACUCGGAGCGUACCAUUCUGAAGAGCAUCCACCUCUCAGAUGAAACGAACCUCAACGCACCAAUAAAGCCGUUUGAGGACCCUGACCACAUGAAGAACGUCAUUGCCCUCAGCUAUGACUAUCAUGGCGGUGGAGGGAAGGGAGCUAACCGCAUUUUCUUCAGCGACAUCCACUUUGGCAACAUCCAGCAGAUCAACGAUGAUGGCACAGACCGCAAGAUUGUUGUGGACAAUGUAGGGUCAGUCGAGGGCCUGGCGUACCACCGUGGUUGGGAUACUCUUUACUGGACCAGUUACACAACCUCCACCAUCACUCGCCACACUGUGGACCAGAGCCGCUCUGUGGCCUAUAACCGCAACACUGUGGUCACCAUGUCUGGAGAAGACCACCCCAGAGCCUUUGUGCUGGACGAGUGUCAGGAUCUCAUGUUCUGGACCAACUGGAAUGAGCAGGCUCCAAGCAUCAUGAGGGCCUCUCUGAAUGGCGCCAAUGUGCUAGCCAUCAUCGGCUCCGACAUUAAAACUCCCAAUGGCCUGGCCAUAGAUCACCGUGCUGAGAAACUUUACUUCUCUGACGCCACACUGGACAAGAUUGAACGCUGCGAAUAUGAUGGAAGCAGCCGUUACGUCUUGUUGAAGAAUGAGCCUGUUCAUCCAUUUGGCUUGGCUGUGUAUGGAGACUACAUCUUCUGGACUGACUGGGUGAGGAGGGCCGUCCUCAGAGCUGACAAAUACACAGGAGGAGACAUGAAACUGCUGCGUGCUGACAUCCCUCAGCAGCCAAUGGGGAUCGUUGCUGUGGCUAAUGACUCCAACAGCUGUGAGUUUUCCCCUUGCCGAUCAAAUAACGGAGGUUGCCAAGAUCUAUGUCUUCCCACAUCUGAUGGACGGGUCAACUGUAGUUGCCGUGGAGACAGAACACUCCUGGAUGACAACACCUGCUCUGCUCUGAACGUGUCGUGUGGAAGUGUGGAUGACUUUGAGUGUGGAAACGGCGACUGCAUCAACUACAGCCUGACCUGCGAUGGCAUGGCUCACUGCAAGGACAAGUCUGAUGAGAAGCAGUCCUACUGUGCCAAUCGACUCUGUAAGAAAGGCUACAGACGCUGCAUUAAUGGCCGCUGCAUAGGCCACCAGUUCUGGUGUGACGGCACAGACGACUGUGGUGACCACUCGGAUGAACUACCCUGCAACAUGACCCUGUGCAAAGUAGGAGAGUUCCAGUGCAAAGAUGGAAGCUGUAUCUCCAACUUCAGUCGUUGUGACCAGGUGGUCAACUGUGAGGAUGCUAGUGAUGAAAUUAACUGCCACCAAACUGAUUGCGCCCGUUUCUUCCGCCUGGGAGUGAAAGGAGAGUCUUUCCAGAGCUGUGAUAAAACCACUCUGUGUUAUCUGUCCUCAUGGGUCUGUGACGGCAACAACGACUGUGGAGACUUUUCAGACGAGAGAAACUGUCCAGAUAAAAAGAAACUCAAAUGUCCAGUCAACUUCUUUGCGUGUCCCAGUGGUCGCUGCAUUCCUAUGAGCUGGACCUGUGAUAAAGAGAAUGACUGUGAGAACGGAGCUGAUGAGACGCACUGUGACAAGUUUUGUACAUCCACCCAGUUUGAAUGUGGGAACCACCGCUGCAUUUCCAGCCACUGGGUGUGUGACGGCGCCGAUGACUGUGGUGAUGGUUCAGAUGAGGACCAGAAAUGCAAAUCCAAGACUUGCAGUCCUGAAGCCUUCCAGUGUCCCGGCUCCCACAUGUGUGUGCCUCAGCGCUGGAAGUGUGAUGGAGACAAAGACUGUCUUGAUGGAGCUGAUGAGAGUGUCAAGGCUGGCUGCAUGUACACCAACAGCACGUGUGAUGAUAACGAGUUCAUGUGCCAGGACAGAGAGUGUAUCCCCAAGCACUUUGUGUGUGAUCACGACAUUGACUGCUCCGAUGGCUCUGAUGAAUCCCCAGAGUGUGAAUACCCAACAUGUGGUCCAGAAGAGUUCCGCUGUGCCAACGGCCGCUGCCUCAACCAGAAGAAAUGGGAGUGUGACGGAGAGUUUGACUGUCAGGACGGCUCUGAUGAAGCUCCCAAGAACCCACGCUGCACUGACUCAGAGAGGACGUGUAAUGAGUCAGCCUUCAUGUGCCGCAAUGGGAAGUGUUUGAAUGAGACUCUGCUGUGUGAUCGCAACGAUGACUGCGGAGACGGCUCUGAUGAGCUCAACUGCUUCAUCAACGAGUGUCUCAACAGCAAGCUCAGUGGCUGCUCGCAGCUCUGUGAUGACCUCAAGAUUGGCUAUAAGUGCAGGUGUCAUGCUGGUUUCCAGCUUAAGCGGGACGGCAAGUCGUGUGUGGACAUAGACGAAUGCACAACCACCUACCCCUGUUCCCAGCGCUGCAUCAACACACACGGCAGCUUCCACUGUCUCUGCGUAGAUGGCUUUGAACUCAGCCCCAAUGACCCCACCAUCUGCAAGUCCACAUCGGAGGAAGAGCCCUACUUGAUCUUUGCUAACCGCUACUACCUGAGAAAACUCAAUCUGGAUGGGUCCAACUACACUCUUAUAAAACAGGGUCUGAAUAAUGCAGUGGCACUGGACUUCCACUAUGCAGAGAAUAUGAUCUACUGGACAGAUGUCACCACUCAGGGCAGCAUGAUUCGACGCAUGCUUAUGAAUGGCAGCAACAUAGAGGUGUUGCACCGGACCUCUCUGAGUAACCCGGAUGGCUUGGCAGUGGAUUGGGUUGGCGGGAACCUGUACUGGUGUGACAAAGGCCGGGACACUAUUGAGGUUUCGAAACUCAAUGGCGCCUACCGGACUGUGUUGGUCAACAUUGGCCUGAAGGAACCUCGCGCUGUGGCUGUGGAUGUUCGCUAUGGGUACCUGUAUUGGUCGGACUGGGGAGAUAACCCUCACAUUGGACGAAUCGGGAUGGACGGCACCAACAGAAGCGUCAUCGUAGAGGAUAAGAUCACGUGGCCCAAUGGGCUCACCCUGGACUUCAUCAAUGACCGUAUAUACUGGGCCGAUGCCAGGGAGGACUACAUUGAGUUUGCCAGCCUGGACGGCACUAACAGACACACAGUCCUCAGCCAAGACAUCCCCCACAUCUUUGCCAUGACUCUGUUUGAGGAGCACAUCUAUUGGACCGACUGGGAGACAAAGUCCAUCAACAGAGCUCAUAAGUCUCUGGGUACCAACAAGACCACCCUGAUCAGCACCCUGCACCGGCCCAUGGACAUCCACAUCUACCAUCCGUACCGCCAGCCUGAGGUUUUAAACCACCCUUGCCAGACGAACAAUGGCGGCUGCAGUAACCUCUGCCUCCUCUCUCCUGGAGGAGGGUACAAGUGUGCCUGUCCCACCAACUUCUACCUGGCCAGUGAUCAGCGCGCAUGCAUGUCCAACUGCACCGCCAGCCAGUUCGUGUGCAAGAAUGACAAGUGCAUUCCUUUCUGGUGGAAAUGUGACACGGAGGACGAUUGCGGUGAUCGGUCGGAUGAGCCAGCAGACUGCCCGGAGUUCAAAUGCAGGCCGGGGCAGUUUCAGUGUGGCACCGGCAUCUGCACCAACCCUGCCUACAUCUGCGAUGGAGACAACGACUGCCAGGACAGCUCGGAUGAGGCCAACUGCGAUAUUCACGUUUGCCUGCCCAGCCAGUUCAAGUGUUCCCAUCCAAGCCGCUGCAUUCCAGGCAUUUUCCGCUGUAACGGUCAGGACAACUGUGGAGAAGGAGAGGAUGAGAAAGACUGCCCCGAGGUCACCUGCGCUCCCACCCAGUUCCAGUGUGCCAUCACCAAGCGCUGCAUUCCUCGUGUCUGGGUGUGCGACCGCGACAAUGAUUGUGUGGACGGAUCUGAUGAGCCCGCCAACUGCACCCAGAUGACUUGUGGUGUGGACGAGUUCCGAUGCAAAGACUCCGGGCGAUGCAUCCCUGCUCGCUGGAAAUGUGACGGCGAGGACGACUGCGGCGAUGCUUCAGAUGAACCAAAAGAGGAGUGUGCUGAAAGGACAUGCGAGCCGUACCAGUUCAGAUGUAAGAACAACCGCUGUGUGCCGGGCCGCUGGCAGUGUGACUACGACAACGACUGUGGGGACAACUCGGAUGAAGACAAGUGCAUGCCUCGACAAUGUUCAGAAAGCGAGUUUGCCUGCACGAACGGCCGCUGUAUUGCUGGGAGGUGGAAGUGUGACGGAGACCAUGACUGUGCUGAUGGAUCUGAUGAGAAUGGCUGUGAUCUGAAGUGUGACAACGACCAGUUCCAGUGUAAAAACGGUCACUGUAUCUCCAUCCGCUGGCGAUGUGACGCCGACCCCGACUGCAUUGACGGCAGCGAUGAGGAAAAUUGUGGCAGUGGUGCUGGGCGUCACUGCCCUCUGGAUGAGCUCCAGUGUAACAACACGCUGUGUAAACCCCUCGCAUGGAAGUGUGACGGUGAAGACGACUGUGGGGACAACUCUGACGAGAAUCCUGAAGAGUGCAGGAGGUUCCAGUGUCCUCCCACCAGAGCUUUCCGCUGCCAAAAUGACCGUGUAUGUCUGCAAGUGUCAAAGAGGUGUGACGGUGUCAACAACUGUGGCGACAACUCGGAUGAACUCAACUGCCAGACCACUCCAGCUGUUCCCACAUGUGAGAAGGACGAGUUCCUGUGUGCUAACGGCAGAUGCAUCAGCUCCACUCUGCGCUGUAACAUCUUUAACGACUGUGAGGACUAUGGCUCUGAUGAGAUCAACUGCAAGACAGACACCAAACUGAAUGACUGCAGGAGUAACAGAACUCAGUGUGGAGAUGGAGACGAGGCCCACUGUGUCACCAACGGCACGGACGCUUUCUGCUCCUGCAAACCAGGCUUCCAGAAGACGGGACACCACACCUGUGGAGACAAGAAUGAGUGUCUGCAGUUCGGAGUGUGUUCCCACGUCUGCAACAACACCAAAGGCUCCUACAAAUGCAGCUGCCACAAGUACUUCACCAGAAUCAAUGACACCUGCAAGGCUGACAGCAUGAACAGCAGUCGACAGAUUCUCUACAUCGCCGACGACAAUGAGAUCCGCAGCCUGGACCCCGGCAUGCCCAACUGGCGCUACGAACAGACCUUCCAGGGCGACGCCAGCGUGCGUAUCGAUGCGAUGGAUCUGCACAUCAAGACCAACCGCAUCUUCUGGACCAACUGGCACACGGGCCGCAUCUCCUCCUACGAACUUCCAGGACCUUCCACAUAUUCGACCUCUAGUGAGGGCAGGAUCACCAACCUGCAGAUCAAAGAGCUGAAGAUGCCUCGUGGGAUAGCGGUGGACUGGGUGGCCGGUAACCUGUACUGGACCGACUCGGGUCGAGAUGUGAUCGAAGUGGCUCAGAUGUCCGGCCAGCACUGCAAGACCCUCGUAUCUGGCAUGAUAGACGAGCCUUAUGCCAUCGUAGUGGAUCCACAGAGAGGAACCAUGUAUUGGGCAGACUGGGGCAACCACCCUAAAAUUGAGACAGCUGCUAUGGACGGCACUCUGAGACAGACUCUAGUCCAUGAGAACAUCCAGUGGCCAACAGGUUUGGCUGUGGACUACUUCAACGAGCGUCUUUACUGGGCAGAUGCUAAACUCUCAGUGAUCGGCAGUGUGCGUCUGGAUGGCUCUGAUCCUGUCGUUUCUGUCUCUGGAAUCAAAAACAACCUGCUUCAUCCAUUCAGCAUAGACAUCUUUGAGGACUACAUAUAUGGCGUCACAUAUAUCAAUAACAUUGUCUUCCGGGUCAACAAGUUUGGCAAAGGCCCCAUGGAAAAUCUCACCACAGGCAUCAACCAUGCUACUGACAUCGUCCUCUAUCAUCGUUAUAAGCAGCCAGAGGUGACGAACCCCUGCGACAGGAAGAAGUGUGAGUGGCUGUGUCUGCUCAGCCCCAGUGGGCCGGUGUGUACCUGCCCCAACAACUACGUGGCCGACAACGGCACUUGUGUGGAGAGACAGAAACCCACCACGUCCCCAUUCACCCCCCCCUCAGGGCCCUGCGACCUGCAGUGUCAGAACGGUGGAAGCUGCUUCCUAAACUCCCGCCAGGUGGCCAAGUGUCGCUGCCUGUCCAGCUACACCGGAGAGAGAUGUGAGAUCAACCAGUGCAGGGACUACUGCAAGAAUGGAGGCACAUGCACCGCUUCUCAUACAGGUGCCCCGACCUGCAGAUGCCCGAAGGGUUUCACAGGGCCAACCUGCAACCGUCAGACCUGUCAGGACUACUGCCUGAGUGGAGGAAACUGCUCCGUCAACAUGGGCAACCAGCCCACCUGCAGCUGCCCCCCCGAGUACCAGGGGGACCAGUGCCAGUACACUAACUGUGAAGGGUUCUGUCACAACGCUGGAACCUGCUUACAGACCGCCAACUUCACUAAAAUCUGCACGUGCCCCUCACAGUUCAUCGGACACCUGUGUGAGCUGGCCAAAUGUUCCUUCUGUGGAAAGGGCAAGUGUCUGACGUCAGCCUCAGGCGAGGUGUCCUGCAGCUGUCCCAACGGUCAGACCCAACCCAGCUGCUUUUCCUGUUUGGACUAUUGCUUAAAUGGACAAUGUUCAGUGGACACCCGCACACUGCUGCCUCAGUGCAAGUGUCCUGAGGGAUGGACGGGGUACCAAUGUGAAAUUGCAGCACCUUCUGUGGAUUCUGCUACUUCCAGUGGAAGUUCUGCCUCCGUGGUGAUCCCAGUGCUCCUGCUGCUGUUACUGGCCCUGCUGGUUGUUGGUGCCAUCUUGUGGUACAAGCGGAGAAUGCGCGGUGCAAAGGGCUUCCAGCACCACCGAAUGACAAAUGGAGCCAUGAAUGUUGAGAUUGGGAACCCUGCCUAUAAGAUCUAUGAAGGAGACCCCGACGAUGACGCUGGGGAGCUCCUGGAUUCAGACUUUGCUUUGGACCCAGACAAGCCCACCAACUUCACCAACCCAGUGUAUGCCACCCUGUACAUGGGCGCCCAGCACAGCCGCAACUCUCUGGCCAGCACGGACGAAAAGAAGGAGCUGCUCUCCGCGGGCGACGAGGACAUGAGUGACCCGCUGGCGUAGAGCUCGGACUGAACUCUGCCAACCCAGCGCUGAGCCCACGAGCUCUCUCAUCUUAUGCCUUUACCAACUGAAAAGAAAAGCAACAAAAAAAGCGAGAACACUGUAUAAAAUGUAUAAAAUGAAGGACUACUUUUUUAAGUGAUUGCAGUAUUAUAUUUUGUUCUUUGACAAAAAAAACCCUCUGGUGACGAAAAGGAACCAUUUUAUAGACAUUUAUUCAGUUCUUCUCUUUAAUUUUUGCUCACCUCCUCCUCACAACUCUCCCUCCCCUCUCACGCAUAUAGCCACUACCUCUGUGCAAAUGUAAAAGAUAGAGAGAUACAAACGGCAGUGGAACAAUUUUUAUUUUUUAUUUUUGUAUGAAUUCUAUAGGGGAGGAGGACAAAAAAGAAUAUUGUUCCAUCCUAGAAAACGUUGCCAAGUCUUUGUUGUUCCUGAAAGAGAAAAAGGGUCAGUGCUCACUAAAAAUGCUUCCUGGUGUGGCUCUGUCUUUCACGUCAUGUGUACUAUGGGAUGUGCUGCUGGAGGUCUGGAGGAGUUCACAUGGAGCACGCAGAAUCCAAGAUGGCGUCUGUUGUGUUGUCUCGAAGAACUACAUUCAAGUGAUUGUCUUUGACCUCCUUGCACAGACUGAAGUUAUACAUAUAUAUAUAUAUAUUUGCAUAUAUAUAAACCUAUUAACAAAGUGUCUUGAAAAUAUACCCAGGAAUACAAACAUCAGUAACAAAUAGCAGUCCGUACUUUUAAACUUUUUUUUCGUAUAAGCGGCAUACUUUUUGUCAGCAAUGAAUGAGUCAAUGGCAGUGUGCUGGAUGAAGAUGAUUGUAACAAAGUCCACAUUCCAGGAGGAAGAGUCUGGGAUGGAUAUCCGUGGCCUUGGUUUACUGCAGGACACUCUGGAGACGGAUUUAGCUCUGAAACUGUUAAAGGUCUUUUUUUUCUUUUUAGAGUGACGGUAAGCUUCUGUGAAUUUCCGGUCAUCACUGAAAAACACCCUGCGAUGAUCAACUAGCUGAGGAUGGUUGCAUUUGGCUUUUGUUCCUUGUCUUUUGAUUGUAAAUGUAAUUUCAGGAAAGUGCGGGGAGGCAGUUUGAUGGUAUGUACUUCUGUGCGAGAUUGAGUUUUUUUUUGUCUUUUUAAAUUGUAGGCCUAUGUAAUUACAUGGACGUGUAAUUUAGGUUAAUGCUCAUUGUUAAGUGCAUUCCCAGGAAGGGGACGAGCUUCCUGAUAAGCAUUCCUUUGUUAAUUCCUUUGCCUUGCUGCUAACGCUAACCCUCUGUCUGUCAGUCAAACUGGUUUUUAGUCUUAAAGUGUUGCUCUCUCUGUCUCACUGCUCACCACGAUGCUUUUAACUGAGCUUAUCAGCCAUACCUGUCAUAUCACUCUGCAUGGUGCUCACACACACACACACACACCCACACACCCAUCCUGUAGGAAACUAGCUUUGCCCCUCACUUGUCAAAAGUAUUCAUCACAUUUGAUUUCUUUGCAUCCUGCUCUGUUAGAUUUUCACAUGUAAAUUAGAACAAUCAUUUUUCAGUUGGAGAAUUUCUUUUGGUGGAAAAAACCCACAUGGAUAUUUGUGGUUCUGAUUGUUUUGUUAUGAUUUUAUUUCUUUUUGAUAUAAGAAAUUAAAUGGAUUUUUAUAGUAGAAAGGUA